AUGAUCAGAGACCCUAACUGGGAGGAGUAUUUAAUCAUCCCUGGGACAAUCUUUACUAUACAAACCAUACUGUUUUUUGUUGCUUGGGCGAUUAAGGACAACUCAAUUGUGGACAUUUUCUGGAGCAUGGGAAUGGCAGUCCCAAAUCUAGUAAUCUUAAUCUACAAUGGCAACUGGCAUCACCGAACAAUCAUCUCCCUUGUGCUAGUCUGGCUCUGGGCAGUCAGACUCUUUGCACACAUUGCUGUUAGACACAAUGGUGAAGACUGGAGAUAUCAGAAUUUUAGGAAAAAUUGGAGAGCUCUAGGUGGAUACUUCUGCGAAGUCUUUCUAUCCUACACGGUGGUAUUCUUACUGCAAGGCUUUUUCAUGUGAAUUGUUGGAUCCUCUGCUUUCUUUGUAGCCUUGUUCUCUUCGAAGCAUGAUGAUCUUUUUGUUCUGGAGUUUAUCGGAGCUGCUGUUCUACUUUUCGGUCUAAUUUUCGAGACAAUUGCUGACAUGCAACUUUCUUAUCAUAUUAAGAAUCCGGAAAAUAGAGGCAAAAUUAUCAAGACAGGACUAUGGAGAUACUCGAGACAUCCAAAUUACUUCGGUGAAGUUGUAGUUUGGUGGGGCGUCUACCUCAUUGCUUGUUCUAUCAAAUGGGGCUGGGUCACCUUCUACUCAGCUCUUGGUAUCACCCUCCUAAUAAGAUUCGUUUCGGGAGUCCCUUUCCUUGAAAAGAAAUACGCAGAUAGACCUGAUUUCAUCGAGUACAAGAAGGAAACAAAUUGUUUCGUCCCUUGGAUUGUUAGAAGAGUUAAAGUAAAUGUCCAAGAAAACGUGUCAGAAAAUAAGGAAUUCGAUGAAGAGAAAAAUACCCCACUUAGAGACAAUUAA